GCAGGCUGAGAGAAGUGAGGCGAUCCAGCUGUAUUGCAUCCAAGCAAGUUUGUUUUGUUAAAUCGCGACCUUUGUAUUGUCCUUAAGUUGUGCUCUUGUUGAUUAAGUAGUUAUUGUUGAUUAUUGUACUGAAGUGAGCGCUAAUCAGUGCCGACCGGUAUUAAACUGCCGCCAGAUUUAAAUGAGUUUUGGCAGAUCUGCUCCUCCUUCAGUGAAGCUCCGUCUCCUCUGCUAUAAAUACUGGAAUAUUCCCAUCAGGAAGAAGAGAAAUCUGCAGAGUUUAUUGAAGGACGGAGAGAACAUGAGUGAUCCAGAACCCUGCAGAAUUAAACAGGAAGAGGCUGAAGAACUAAUAGAACCCUGCAGAAUUAAACAGGAAGAGACCGAAGAACUGAAGACUGAAGACCUAAUUAAAGAGAAUGAGGAGAGUGAAGAGGAGAAACAACAUGUCAAAGCGGAAACUACUGAUAUUGAUUCUAAGAACUUAAGAGACCAGAAUUGUUGCGUCUGCACUCAGUGUGGGAAGAGUUUCAGUCAGUCAUUAAACCUUAAAAGACACAUGAAGACCCACACUGGAGAGAAACCCUUCACUUGUACUCUGUGUGGGAAGAGUUUCACUCAAUAUUCAUACCUUAAUAAACACAUGAGGGUUCACACCGAAGAGAAACCUUUUAUCUGCACUCAGUGUGGGAAUUGUUUUAGACAAUUAUCAUACCUUAAUAAACACAUGAGGAUCCACACUGGAGAGAAACCCUUCACCUGCACUCAGUGUGGGAAGAGUUUCAGACAAUCAUCAUGUCUCAGUAAGCACAUGAGGAUUCACACUGGAGUGAAACCUUUCACCUGCACUGAGUGUGGGAGGAGUUUUAGACAAUCAUCAGCUCUUAAUCUGCACAUGCUGAUCCACAUUAGAGAGAGAAAACACAAAUGUGAUCAAUGCGGCAAAUCAUUUUUGAGAGCUGCAGAGCUGAAGGACCAUCAUAGAAUUCAUACAAAGGAGAAACCGUAUUCAUGUUCUGAGUGUGGAAGGAGUUUUACAGGGAUGUCAAAUUUGAGACAUCAUCAAAAGAUCCACACCGCUGUGAAAGAGCAUAUGUGCUUUGAGUGUGAGAAGACGUUUGCUACAGCUCAAAAUUUGAAACUGCACCAGAGGAUUCACACUGGAGAGAAACCGUACAAGUGUUCACACUGCAACAAAAGAUUCCGUCAGUUUGGAGGCCUGAAAACGCAUCAAAUGAUUCACACCGGAGAGAAACCUUACAAAUGUUCACACUGCAACAAUCAAUUUAGUCGGUUGGCAACCCUGAAGUUGCAUGAGAUGAUUCACACUGGAGAAAAACCUUACAAGUGUUCACACUGCAACAAAACAUUCAGGGAUUUAGGAAACAUGAAAACGCAUGAGAGGAUUCACACUGGAGAGAAGCCGUACACAUGUGAUCAGUGUCUGAAGAGUUUCACACGUUGGUUACAGCUUAAGAGACACAUGAAAAUCCACAGUGGAGAAAAGUGGAAAACAUACCUAAUUGAAGAGAAUGAGAAGAGUGAAGAGGAGAAACAACAUGUCCAAGCUGAAGAAACACCUAAUUUAGAGACUUCUGAUGUUAAUUUUAAGAACAGAAGAGGCAUGAAUUGUUGCGUCUGCACUCAGUGUGGGAAGAGUUUCGGUAGUUCAUCAAACCUUAAAAGACACAUGAUGAUCCACACUGGAGAGAGACCUUUAACCUGCACUCAGUGUGGGACGAGUUUCCGUAAUUCAUCAAACCUUAAAAGACACAUGAUGAUCCACACUGGAGAGAGACCUUUAACCUGCACUCAGUGUGGGACGAGUUUCAGACUAUUAUCAGCUCUUAAACAGCACAUGAGGAUUCACACUGGAAAGAAACCAUUCACGUGUACUCAGUGUCAGAAGAGUUUUAGCCAAUCAUCAAACCUUAAAAAGCACGUGAUAGUCCACAAUGGAGAGAGACCACACAAAUGUGAUCAAUGCGGCAAAACAUUUUUGAGAGAUUUACAGCUGAAGGACCAUCUUAGAGUUCAUACAAAGGAGAGACCGUAUUACUGUUCUGAGUGUGGAAAGAGUUUUACACAGCAGGCAAAUUUAAGACGACAUAAGAAGAUCCACACUGGUGUGAGAGAGCAUAUGUGCUUUGAGUGUGAGAAGACUUUUACUACAGCUGCAGAAUUGAAAGUGCACCAGAGGAUUCACACUGGAGAGAAACCGUACAAGUGUUCACACUGCAAGAAGAGAUUCAGUCAGUCAGGAAGCCUGAAAGCACAUCAAAUAAUUCACACUGGAGAGAAACCGUACAUGUGUUCACACUGCGACAAGAGAUUCAGUCAGCCGUUACACCUGAAAACACAUGAGAGGAUUCACACUGGAGAAAAACCGUACAAGUGUUCACACUGCAACAAGCAAUUCAAUCAGUCAGUACACCUAAGAACACAUGAGUUGGUUCACACUGGAGAGAAGCCGUACAAGUGUUCACACUGCAACCAUCGAUUUACUCGGUUAGCAUAUCUAAAAACACAUGAGAGGAGUCACACUGGAGAGAAACCGAACACAUGUGAUCAGUGUCUAAAGAGUUUCACACAUUUGUCUACUCUUAAGAAGCACAUGAAAAUCCACAGUGGAGAAAAGCUGAAUAAAUGUUUUGGCAGAUCUGCUCCUCCUUCAGUGAAGCUUCUCCUCCUCUGCUACAAAAACUGGGAUAUUCUCAUCAGGAAGAAGAGAAAUCUGCAAAGACAGAGCCUAUUGAAGGACGGAGAAAACAUGAGUGAUCCAGAACCCUGCAGAAUUAAACAGGAAGAGGCUGAAGAACAAAUAGACCUAAUUAAAGAAGGCGAGGAGGGUGAAGAGGAGAAACAACAUGUCAAAGCUGAAAAUGUGCCUCAAUUACAGACUUCCGAUGUUUAUCUUAAGAACAGAAGAGGCAAGAAUCCUUGUAUCUGCACUGAGUGUGGGAAGAGUUUCAAACGAUUAUCAUCUCUUAAUCAACACGUCAUGAUCCACACUGGAGAGAAACCAUUCACCUGCACUCAGUGUGGGAUGAGUUACAGUCGAUUAUCAUAUCUUAAAAAUCACAUGAGGAUUCACACUGGAGAGAGACCGUUCAAAUGCAAUGAGUGUGGGAAGAGUUUCACACAAUCAACAUAUUUUAAUCGACACAUGAUGAUCCACACUGGAGAGAGACCAUACAAAUGUGAUCAAUGCGGCAAAACUUUUUUGAGCUCCUCACAGCUGAAGGUCCAUCUUAGAGUUCAUACGAAGGAGAAACCGUAUUACUGUUCUGAUUGUGGAAAGAGUUUUACACAGCUGGCAAAUUUAGGAAAACAUCAGAAGAUCCACACUGGUAUGAAAGAGUAUAUGUGCUUUGAGUGCGAGAAGACUUUCAUUACGGCUGGAGAAUUGAAAGUGCACCAGAGGAUUCACACUGAAGAGAAACCGUACACGUGUUCACACUGCAACAAGGGAUUUGGUCAGUUAGGAAGACUGAAAGCACAUCAAAUGAUUCACACUGGAGAGAAACCGUACAAGUGUUCACACUGCGACAAGGGAUUUUGUCAAUUAGGAAAACUGAAAACACAUCAAAUGAUUCACACCGGAGAGAAACCGUACAAGUGUUCACACUGCAAUAAGGGAUUUCAUGUGUUAGAUCAUCUGAAAAUGCAUGAGAGGAUUCACACUGGAGAGAAACCGUACAAGUGUUCAUACUGCGACAAGAGAUUCAGUCAGUCAGGGGGUAUGAAAACACAUGAGAGGACUCACACUGGAGAGAGACCGUACACCUGUGAUCAGUGUCUGAAGAGUUUCACACGUUUGUUUCAUCUUCAGAAACACAUGAAAACCCACAGUGGAGAGGAAAUGCACACAGACAGAGCGAACAUGAGUGAUCCAGAACCCUGCAGAAUUAAACAGGAAGACGCUGAAGAACAAAUAGACCUAAUUGAGGAGCAUGUGGAGAUUAAAGAGGAGAAACAAUAUAUCAAAGCUGAAGAAACACCUCAGUUAGAGACUUGCGAUAUCAACAGAAACAGCAGGAAUCGAUCCAUCUGCACGCUGUGUGGGAAGAGUUUCAGUAAGUCGUCGUUCCUUAAUAAUCACAUGAGGAUUCACACUGGAGAGAAACCGUACACAUGUGAUCAGUGUGGGAAGAGUUUCAGACAAUCAUCACACCUUAAUCGACACAUGAUGAUCCACACUGGAGAGAGGCCACACAAAUGUGAUCAAUGCAGCAAAACAUUUUUGAGCUCCUCAGGUUUAAAGGUGCAUCUUAUAGUACAUACAAAUGAGAAACCUUAUUCCUGUUCUGAUUGUGGAAAGAGUUUUACAAUGCAGUCAAAUUUAGCAAAACAUCAGAAGACCCACACUGGGGCGAAAGAGCAUAUGUGCUUCGAGUGUGAGAGGACGUUUAUUACAGCUGUAGAAUUGAAACAGCACCAGAGGACUCACACUGGUGAGAGACCUUACAAGUGUUCACACUGCGACAAGAGAUUCAGUCAGUCAGGAACCCUGAAAAUACACGAGAGGAUUCACACUGGAGAGAAACCUUAUAAGUGUUCACACUGCAGCAAGAGAUUCAGUCAGCUAGGAACCCUGAAAACACAUCAAAUGAUUCACACUGGAGAAAAACCGUACAAGUGUUCACACUGUAAUAAGAGAUUUUAUCAGGUAGAUCAUCUGAAAAAGCAUGAGAGGACUCACACUGGAGAGAAACCGUACAAGUGUUCACACUGCAACAAGGGAUUCAGUCAGUCUGGAAGCCUGAAAACACAUGAGAGGAUUCACACUAGAGAGAAACCGUACACCUGUGAACAGUGUCUGAAGAGUUUCACACAUUUAUUAAAGCUUAACAAGCACAUAAAAAUCCACCAUGGAGAGAAGUAAACGACAUUAAAGCAGCAAAACAUUUUCCCGUGUGUAAAAAUGUGUUUUUAUGUCUCAGAAAACUUUGAAUUUUUGGGAAACAUUCAUUCAUUCGUUAUCUUGUUGGCUUAGUCCCUUUAUUAAUCUGGGGUCGCCACAGCGGAAUGAACCGCCAACUUAUCCCGCACAUUUUUAUGCAGUGGAUGCCCUUCCAGCCGCAACCCAUCUCUAGGAAACAUCCAAACACACUCAUUCAUACACGCACUCAGUACGGACAAUUUAGCCUAUGUCUUUGGACUGUGGGGGAAACCGGAGCACCCGGAGGAAACCCACGCGAACGCAGGGAGAGCAUGCAAACUCCACACAGAAAAGCCAAUUGAGCCGAGCCGAGGUUUGAACCAGCGACCCAGCAACCUUCUUGCUAUAAGGUAACAGCACUACCUACUGCGCCACUGCGUUGCCCUUUUUGGGAAACAAUGAUUCUAAAAUUGAACAUUUUAUGUUGUAACACCAAUAUCAAUGCUGAAAAGGAGCAGUCCAAAGGAAAAAUGUUCAUCUGGGAGAGCUGACAUCAGAUGAAUUCCUGAAAUAUGUAGGCCUUUUGAUUUUCCUGGCACUGCUGAAAUUGCCAAGAGUAUGAGAUAAUUGGAGGAGGGACUCAAACCUUAGCGUACACUUCUCUGCUUCUGUCAUGACCAGAGAUAGAUUUGUGGGAAUAAGCAGAACUGUCCACUUGAGCAACCCUGACGACCACAUGCAAAAUGACAGAAAAAAGUGCACUCCAGAAUACGACCCUCUGCAUCGUCUCAAGCCUCUUUAUAUUACAAUUUGAAUGCAAGUCAAUGUGGCAGACAAAGAAGCAUGUUUUCCUUGAUGAAACCAUGGUGGCCACGAAAGCCAAAAUUGCACUUAGGCAAUACACAAAGGCAAAGCCAAUCAAGUAGGGCGUGAAGCUGUUUGUGCUUGCUGACUCCAGCAGUGGGUACACCAGUGACUUCAACAUCUACACUGGGAAAAGCAGCUUCAUGUCAGGGCAGGGUCUCUCGUUUGAUGUAGUCAGCAGCCUCAUGGAUCCAUCAUACUUAGGGAGGGGCUAUCAAUAUGGACAACCUCAAUACAAGCCCAAAACUUUUUAGGCACUUGUAUGCAAGUGGGUUUUGUUGCCUGUGGUACUUUCCGGGACUUGUGCAGGAAUGUUCCCCAAUCAACCAAAACGCACUCACCUCCCAGAGUCCCAGGGGUUCAAUAUGAUGGAUCAGACAGCAAGAAUUUUUGUUUGUAAAAUGGAUGGACACAAGGGAGGUGUUAGUGUGUUCAACCAUCCACAACGCCUUUGAUAGGGACACUGUGAGCAGGAACGUGCUCAACAAAGUCACUGAGAUAUGGCAGG